CGGCGGCGCGGCGCGGCGGCGCACUCGAGCAUGGCCGCGGCCGCGGCGGGAGGAGCGCCGGGUCCGACUCCCGGCCCCGCCAGGCCGGCGCCCGCCGCCCGCAACCCGCCCGCCGCUUCGCGGAGGCGCGGGGACUCGCGGCGCCGCCAAGCCGCUCUCUUCUUCCUCAAUAACAUCUCCUUGGAUGGCCGACCCCCGAGCCUGGGGCCCGGCGGCGAGAAGCCACUGCCGCCACCGCCGCCGCCGCCCGCCGAGGCCCGCGAGCCGCCCGCCCCGCCGCCGAUGCCCCCCGCCGGCCUCCCAGGGCUGUGCGCCCGGCCCGCGCCCCCGGGCCUGCUCAGCCCCACGGCGCCAGCCGGCCUCGUCCUGGACGGCCAGCGCCAGAGGAGGCGGGUCACGUCGCAGCGCUGCUCCCUCGAGUUCCUAGAAGACACCAUGGGCUGUGCCUCGGUGCAGAGAACCAAACAUGCAUCUGGGUCACCCAGACACAAAGGCCUGAAGAAGACCCACUUCAUCAAGAACAUGAGGCAGUAUGACACAAGGAACAGCAGGAUCGUGCUCAUCUGCGCCAAGCGGUCCUUGUGUGCAGCCUUCUCAGUCCUGCCCUAUGGAGAAGGCCUGCGGAUCAGGGAUCUCCGGGUGGACAGUCAGAAGCAGAGGCAUCCGUCUGGCGGCGUGUCUGUUUCUUCCGAGAUGGUCUUUGAACUGGAAGGCGUUGAAUUGGGAGCAGAUGGAAAGGUUGUCUCCUAUGCAAAGUUCCUGUACCCUACCAAUGCUCUGGUGGCACACAAGAGUGACAGCCACAGCCUGCUGCCCCAACCUCGGCCCAGCAUCCCCCGGACUCUGCCAGGGUCAAGACACAAACCUGCCACCGCCAAGGCAACACCAGCUGGCACAGAACUAGGGAGCGAUGGGGGAGACAUGCUGGAGUACAACCCCAACCUUCUGGACGACCCACAGUGGCCCUGUGGGAAACACAAGCGCGUCCUCAUCUUUGCUUCCUACAUGACCACAGUGAUAGAGUACGUGAAGCCCUCAGACCUGAAGAAGGACAUGAAUGAGACCUUCAGAGAGAAGUUUCCACACAUCAAACUGACGCUGAGCAAAAUCAGGAGCCUGAAGCGGGAGAUGCGGAACCUGUCCGAGGAGUGCAGCCUAGAGCCCGUGACCGUAUCCAUGGCCUACGUGUACUUCGAGAAGCUCGUGCUGCAGGGCAAGCUCAACAAACAGAACCGCAAGCUGUGCGCUGGCGCCUGCGUGCUCCUGGCUGCCAAAAUCAGCAGCGACCUCCGCAAGAACGAAGUAAAGCAACUCAUUGAUAAGCUGGAAGAAAGAUUCCGAUUCAAUAGGCGCGAUCUCAUUGGGUUUGAGUUCACAGUCCUCGUGGCUUUGGAGCUGGCCUUAUAUCUUCCGGAGAACCAAGUGUUACCUCACUACAGACGCCUCACCCAGCAGUUCUAGGCGGGCCACCAGCUCGCAGGAAAGUGUGUUCCUUGGCCCGGGCACUGAGGCCACCAGCAUCCACGCGCCCACCACGCCUUGCCCAAGACCCUUUUGUGUGUCUGAGCUUCGUGGCCAGUACACCUCAUUUCCUCACUCUCCAUUUCCUUGGAAGGGACAUUGCUUUUGCUCCAAAGCCCGCCACACCUCCAAGAAUACUUCUGAGUUCUCCUGGAGUUCUACAUGAACGCAGUGGGGUUUGAUUUUCACGUGCCCAAGACUGGCCUGGCACCAGGGCCUCUGGUGAUGAAUCCUGCAUUCUGGCCGUCAUCUUCCCUUCGCCUUACCUUUGCAAACCAUCAGCUGCAGCACUAGCACUGCCGAGGUCUGGGUGUGCAGUCCUCGGGAGCCUGCUGAGGUUGCCCGGUCUCACAUACUCAAGUGUCCAUCUAGAGAUUUCGUUUUCUGUAUGUGGCAGAGUGGCCCUGGACCAGCAGUGUCUCCCAGCAUCAGCGCCUGCUGGCUCUCUCCACUUGAGCAAAGCUUCAGAGCCUCCCACAUCACCACUGGCUCUGGAGUCAGUUUAAGCUGCCAAGAACAGGAUCCAGGUCUGUUCUUAGACUUGUUUUCAAGCAUCAUGUCACUGUGAAAUCUUGUAAUGCAAUGUCGUAUAUACCCUGUAGGGCUCAGCAGAACCAGGCCAGCCUUUGCAAGCCCCAUCCUCUGCCUUGACAGAAUCCACUUGCCUGUGACCCUGGAACUUUAGGACAGCUGCUGACUCUUGGCUCUUGACUUUCUUAAGCAAUACUGUGGCCAAGAAAUGUACUCAUAACCUGGGAUUUGGCCCUGUGGGGUUCCUUUCCAGUGUGCCCAAGGCAUGAACCAGGCAAGGUGUAGAUCAGAAAUUGAGCUGAUACUGUAGGGAUGGUUUGCCCUGGCUGAUGAGGGAUCACCACCAACUCACCAGACCAGGGACAGUGGGUCUUAGAGAAACUGGUCCAGCAGGGCCCAUGGUGUGACCAGAAAUCACACAAAGGCACAUGACCAGCGUGCACUCCAUGACACCCUCAGUCAGUGCCUUUUCCUCAUCCAAAACUCAGCCUUGGGCAAUUCAGCCAGCACCAGCCAGUUACCAGGUGACUGUCAUUGCCCCUGCUGUGCAGCCUGGCAGCCACAGGCCACCUGGGCCAUCGUCAGCAUUUCCAAGUUCAUCCAAUGUUUCUGCAGUGGAUCAUGUGGCCAUCUGCUGUCCCACCAUAAGCACUGAGGAACCAAGGGAUACUGCUGGUCUCCGAAAUGGCCAUUCUGCCGUCAUCUGCUGGCAGCUAUGCUAAGGGGAGAGGCGAAGCUUGCUGCUUGAAGGGCUCAGCUGCCUGCCUUUGGGCCUCUCCCUGCACACACCCUGAUCCUCCAGGCCCCAACAGCAGUGAAGGCCAGAGUCCAGGAAGGCAAAGCUGUAGGCCAGGGGGAAACCAGCUGUCAUUCUGUCAUGGAGCCUCCCUCUCAGCACACCAAGGGUAACCUCCAAACUCGAGUGCACCUGAGACCUCACCCCCUGGUACUGGGCCUAAAUGUAGGCAACACUCUGGCUGUGCUGCCACAAUGGUGUCUCCGGGGCACUUGUUACAAACGUGGUAACGGACUGGCUGCUACACACUGCUCUGGUUUACAACCUACUCUGGGCCACAUCCCCUCAGGACUUGCAUGGACAUUAGUAUCCAAAAAUGACUCAGAAACACAAUGGUAACUUAACUUUGUGUUAUUUAUGUAGGGAGAUUCAGUCAUUUACCAUACUGGCCGGUUUUAAGUCCUCGUGUAUGUCCUUACAUAUAAGGCCAAGAGCUGCCACUGUGUGGUAUCUGAGAGCUGCUACAAACAAAGCCAACACUUAAACCAAAUGACAGACUGGUCCUGUCAUCCUCUAGACCACGUCCAGAAGUCUCGAGCUGUGUGCAGGGUGUUCAGCUGGGCUGUGACCAGGCCAAACCAGACCUGGUAUUGCUUCCUCAGCACCCAGCAGUUGUGAACAUACGUGUGCAAAAAUGAGUGUCUGACCUCAGAAUGUUCAAGUUCUUUGUUACGGAUUGUUUUCAAGUGAACUGAGUAUUUGUCUGUUGAAGUAAAACUGUUUUUGCAAAAUA